AUCUGCUGGGUGCAGAAGGCACCUCGCGAGCCGGAGGUGGAGGACGGGGUGCACGAGGCACCUUGCCAGGUGGGGAGGACGAGGCGCACCAGGAACCUGCUCAGCCAGAGCUGGCGGACACAGCAUCAUAAUGUCUGAUGACAGAAAAGAAGAAGAUGAGGAGGAGGAAGUCACCUGUCAGUCUCUUCCCCCUCCUCCAGCCUCUGUUGCCUUGGAGACAAUGAUGUCACUGAGGAGGCAGGAUCUGGUGUGCAUUGUGUGUUUCGGAAGCUACGACCUGGUGAAGCGGCUUCCUAGGCGACUGCACUGUGGCCACACCUUCUGCCAGGCGUGUCUGAAGAGACUGAACACAGUCAUCAACGAACAGGUGUGGAUCCCGUGUCCUCAGUGCCGACAGAACACACCUUCACCUAAAGGAGGUGCCGCAGCUCUGGACCUGGACCUGGCCUCCUUCCUGGGAGUGAAGGCCUGCACCUCCUCCUCCUCCUCCUCCUGGAGCUCUGGUCGCAGAGAGGGCCUGUCAACAGCAGACGCAGCCCAGGAUGGGAAGCUGUGGCUGGGGAAGGAGGCUGUGGAUGAUGGUUGGUCACACGGAGGGCUGGCUGAGCCCCGCUUCCAUCACUAUGGCAACUGCUGUCCACCACUUUCCUAUUGGUUGUGCUGCUGGUUCUGUUGCCCAGGGCGAGGCUAACAGCAAUGGGUGGGGCUAGAAGGGCUCAAUGAUGGAGGUUUGGUUCACUCUUUAUGGUCCCCGAGUUCCUCCUUAAUGCAAUUUAACCAGGAUAUUUUGACCAUUUCCAAUGAAGAGGUAAGCAGGAACUAAAGAUAAUUUAAUUACCAUGGUAACCAGGUAACAGCUCGGUGUUACCAGUCUGCACACCUGACAAAGAGUGACGCUUCUCAGCUCAGACUGUAGUAUUUUAGUCGCACCAUGGUAAAAAAAAACCAAACAAACAAAAAACAAAAAUAAAAUGGAUUAUAUUUAGUUCUGGCAAGUAAAAAUAAGAAAAAGAUUAUUUCUAUAACACCUUUUAAGAUGAAUAUCAUAAAGUGCUUCAAAACAAAAUACCAGAACAUAAAAAAGAGAUAGCCAGAAACACAAAUCUAAGAAAUGACUUUUUAGCUGUAUUUUAAAAGUGACCACUGAGUCUCCAGAUCUGACACUCUGCGGGAGAGUGUUCCAGAGUCUGGGGGCCACUGUUGCAAAAACUCUGUCUUAGCCUUGUAUGAUGCACAGCCAUUAGGCCCUGAUUACAUGACCUCAGGGACCUCCUGGGGAACUAUGGAAAAGUUUACUGAUGUAAGUCAGUGCUUGUCCACGAAGAGCUCUUAAAGUCAAAACCAAAAUUAAUAAGAGUAUUUGGAAUAAUGAAUUACAGUAAUCCACACAUGAUGAAAAAAUGCAUAAAUAACAAUCUCCAAUUCAGACUGUGACAUGAUGGGACUUAACUUUGCAAUAAUUUUUAAGAAAUAGAAACAAGAUCAAACCAGAGAUUUGACUUGAAGAUCCAGAGUGAAAACAUAGUCAAAAGUUAACCCAAGGUUCUUCAUAGAAACUUUAGCAAAUGAGGCAAGAGGACCAACAGUUAUACAGUAUAGAAUCUGUCAUAAAUAAGGACUUUAGUUUUUUGUCAAGUUGUUGAAAAUUGUCAGUCAUCCUACUUUUAUCAGAGUCUAAUCACCUCUGCAAGAUCUGUAGCUUAGUAAUGUCUUGGGGCUAAAAAGAGAUAUAUAACUGAAUGUCAUCUGCAUAGCAGUGGUAAGAAUUGUCCUCAAAAAUGCUCAAAAUAAACAUAUUUGUUAUAGUUUAUCUUCAACCUUAUGUUUAAGGCUGGAAAUCACCUGUUACAGUUUCUGAUUGCUCAUAGGGGGUCAUAUGAUUGUUGGGUUUUCUCUGUUUUCUCUGUAGUAUUGUAGAGUAGUUACCUUACAAUAUAAAGCACCUUGAAAAAAAGUUAAAUUGAAUUGAACUGGAUUGAAUUUGAAAUGAAUGAAUCACUAACCUGUGAUCUUCCCUCACCCUUUGAUGGCUUAGAUAGACUCCAGCUUACCCAGGACGCCGAACUAGACAAGCAGUAAAAAUAUGGAGGGAUAGAGAGUGGCUGAGAGGAUGAAUGGAUGAUGGAUGAAUGGAUAGUGACUAUGAAAGUAUAGACCUGGUGAAGAGUCUCUGCUGUUUGACCCGAUAGUUUCAAUUAAGAAUGGAGCUCUGUAAAAUGUAAAUAAAAGCAGAAUGCAAUGAUCUGCCAAUCAUCUAAAGCUUUUAUUUUCCUGAGAACACAUGAAUCAUGUAAAAAGGUAUAGAAUUUGAUGUCAGCACAUUUCAAAAAAGAUAAGCUACAAACGACCUGAGAUGUUUUAGCAAAACAGCAAAUUAACAUCUGCCAUCUAAUGAUGAUAAUCCGUGACAUGAUUGGGGUAAAAAGGUCUUCCCAGAGAGGGUUAGAGAUGUUUAAAGUCACUGAUGAAAUGAAGAUUUCUGAUUGUGUGUAUCUGUAAGGAUUGCCUGAUACACAGCUGCAGAUAAUUAAUAGCUGACCCACAAUGUUUCACAGGGUCUUCUAAGGAGCUCUCCCUUCCAGUCCAGUUGCUUUUUUUAACGCACCAGUUCCUUAGACUACGAUGACCUGGAUGACAGAACCUACACAGGCAUAUUUAAAGGGUCUUCCGAUUGGCGGUAAUGGCUGUGUUCUUCCACUGGGUGGAGCUGUAAUGGUGCUGCAAACCUAUCAUCUGAUAAACUCCUAAGGAACUUUCAUAAGGUGAUAGUGAGCAGCUGUCUGAGAGACUUUAUUCCUAAACAAAAAAGGAAAGCAUCCAGACACACACACACUCAUCUGAAUGGAUUAACAACACUUUACUUAAUCUAUUUUACACAUUCAUGUACACUAGCAGUCAAACGUUUGGACACACCUUCUCAUUUAAUGGGUUUUCUUUAUUUUCACAACUAUUUACAUUGUAGAUUCUCACUGAAGGCAUCAAAACUAUGAAUGAACACAUGGAAUUAUG